GAUCUCAGCAUGUGUUGCUUCUCGCCGGUAUAAAGGUCGGCUCUGCCCCCAACAGUCCAAGAGUUGCUCGCGAACUUCACGCCGGCAACCAUCGGGAAAGGAACGAUCUAUAUGUGACGCUACUUUCUUCUCGUGUUUCGACUUAUUUUCAUUAUUCUUAUAUUCUUAUAUUUCUUCUUCUUCUUAUUCUUCUUAUUAUUAUUCUAUUACCUGUUUAAUCUCCUUUACCUUUGCCACCCGAGGCAUCCUCACUUUCUCGUGACCAGGCCACCUUACACCAUUCUUCUAUUAUCCGCAAAACAGACGUCGUGCCGGCCAACAUGCGCUCCUUGCUAAUGAUCGCGAUCGUUGGUUUUGCCCACGGUCAAGAAUACUUUCGAGUACCCGAAAAGGUGGUAAGCGAAUCACGCGACCUUGGGGAUACUCGAGGUCAUUACUCGUUCGCAUACGAGACCGAGGGUGGAAUUCUUCAGAAAGAAAGUGGUAGCAGGAAAUAUGCUGGUACACCAGACGAAACUCAGUUGAUUCAGGGCUCGGUGCAGUACAAUGCACCCGAUGGAACACCCAUUGCCAUGAGCUGGACCGCCGAUGAGUUUGGUACUCAAGUAUCUGGUACUCAUAUCCCAACCCCACCACCUAUCCCACCGGCUAUUCAACGAGCUCUUGAUUGGAUUGCAAAACAACCUUCGACCAGCGAACAACCAAAUCCCCCUCAACUGCAUCAACAACAACAGCCGAAGCAACAAUCCACUUACAGUCAAAAUGCUGUUAUCAAUGCCAAUGUUAAUCGUCCUAACCGAGUGCUUCCGAAUAAACGAUUCUGAAUCAUAGUAUUUUAAAGUUAUGUUAGACGUUAGAUGAGACGUCUGAUCACGCGAGAUUCCUUUUAUGUAAAUUUAAAUAAGCAUUUGUUGAGAACUU